AUGAGAGAGUCCUGUUAUGAUAUUCUUGGUGUCAAACGUCAUGACAAUCAAGACGCAAUUUUACAUAGUUUUCUAGUUCAUCGUCUCAUGCUCAACCGAGAGGGCUCAUCCCAGGACCGAGCGCAUUACAGAAGGGUCAAGAAUGCGUUUGAAAUUCUCCAUGAUCCUGCCAAACGUAGACUACAUGACGCAUUCCUUGAUUCCAAUGCUCAUUCUCCAAGACCUUCAAGUUCAUCACCUGCACCAGCUGCACCCAGGCUUCAAUAUCAAGCCUUACGUGCUGGAAGUUCUACCCAGGUCCGAACAACCAACAAUAGAACCCUUGUUGAUUUCACACCGACUUUGGAACCUCAUAAAUCGGGUGCCAAAGAACGUCGAUUAUACCUCUAUGGUGAUUCAGAAAAAGGUUCGAAUCCGCCCUUUGCUACAAACGAAUCAACCAUCCCGUUCCCUACGAAAAUCCCGUGGCCUACAAUCAAACGAAAAGAAGCAAAGGACAAUAUGGCUGCUUAUGUAGAUCCUCCUAAACCUCAGGCUCUACCUGAAAGUGAGAAUGGCAAGGAAAAACAAAUUGAAGCUAAGCGCCGUCCCUCCAAGCUUCAGAAGAAGAGACCGUCAUGA